AUGGCGUCGCACAGACAGCGCCCCCCCUCGGACGACCAUUAUUCGUUGAGAAACUACCCACACGUCCGUUUCGCCAAGUCCAGAAAGAUUCAAAAAGGUGAAGACUUUGAGUUUUGCGCACCGAACGCGCGAUGGGUUUCCAAAAGCAUUCUCAACCGUCGUCGUCAUCGGAUGAAUCAAAACGAUGCGAAGGAAGACGAAACGAGAAUGGAAGACCUCAGCUCGUGCGAAUUUUUCUUCCUGUCUGUAUUCGACGGCCACGGUGGUAAAGAGUGCGCGGAUUUUUGCGCGAAAGAAACGUUAUCGUCGCUCUUGAAAGCGCUGAACAGUUUAGAAGCGGAGCUGAAGAAAGAGGAGAAGCAGAAGGUGGUGGAGCAGAACGAGAAUCCGGAAGACGUGUUCGAGUAUCUUCUCCCGCAGGCGUUGAAGUUGGCGUUUGAAAAUCUAGACGAAAAAUUUUUACGGAAAGACAUACACUCCGGGUGCACGGCGACGGUCGUUAUCGUGAACGGGAGGAACGUGACGACGGCGGCGGUUGGAGAUUCGUUGGCAACUUUGGACGUGCCGAAUAGGAAAGGGACGUCGAGAUUGAGCAACGAACACCGGUUGGAUUGUUCGGACGGAGAGAGGAAGCGGAUUGUAGAGAGCGGCGGUGAAGUGCGACCGACGGAGUUUGAGGAUGGACCAAAUGGGGAGAGACGAGGAGUUGGGCCGCUGAGAGUUUGGCCGGGCGGGUUAGCGGUUUCCAGAAGUAUCGGCGAUCGGGACGGGAAGAAAGGCGGGGUCAUCGCGACUCCGGACGUGAGCAGAGUUUUGUUGGAAAGAGGAGCGAAUUCUUCUUCGGGAGGGGUCAUGGCGUGUAGGAUUGUCGUCGCGAGCGAUGGCUUGUGGGAUGCGGCGACGCCAAAGAUGGUCAGUGCGGAGACGAGGAAGAUGAACUGUCAAAACGCGGCCGCGGCGUUGGUGAAGUUGUCGCAAAAAGCCAAGUUUGAUAAUCGAGACGACGUGACCGUUGUUGUUGUAGAUUUAGAUUACCACGACGACGACGAGGACGUGAAAGCGCACCCGUUCGUGGGUUGCGGACCGAGCAAUAAUAGCGACGAGGCGAGUCCAAGACCGUUUUGGCCUUUAGCCGCGAAAGGGAACAGAGAUCCAGACGAGUACGACGAACUUCCGAGCGAGAGGAACGAAAAAAUCCGGAAAGAGAUUUUAGAGAAGAUUGCGAUGGAAAAACAAAGGGAGAUUGAAAUGGAAAGAGAGCGAUUGGCGAGAGAACGGAUCGCGUUGGAAGAGAAGAAAAGGAAGGAAAAGGAAGAGGCGAUGAUGUUUGAAGAGGUUGUACCGAAGAACGCGAAGAAUAAAAGUAAGAAUAAGAAUAACGCUGAAAAUAAGAAGAACAAGAAAACCGCGGCGACGACUUUGACGAGAGAAGAUGUUGGAGUACAAAAGAAUGCAAAAACGAAGAAAGAGAACAACAAGAACAUCAAGAACAUCAAGAAGAAGGAUCCGAACAACAAUGAUACUACUGGGGUUCUACCGCGCGCGCCGAUGAGCAUUCCUCCGCCGUUGCCAACGAUGAGCAUUCCCCCGCCGGCUCAGCAUCAGAAAAAGCCGAACAAGAAUAAAAAGAACGCCGGGGGGGACGACGACGGAGACGACGAAAAGCAGCGAUCGGAUUCACCGCCAAAGAAGAAGCGUAAUUCGAAAAAGAACAUCGUUCGGAAAGAGCCGACGAUGAUGCAAGGAGGAGAACCGUCGUCGAAUAACUACAACAACAAUAACAACAACUCGGUCGCAGAUCCAUUGCACGUGAUAUUUCAAAACGCAGUCAGUCUCCCUCCAUCACCCGCACAAGAUCAUAAUCGUCAUCAUCACCAACAAGCAAACGCUGCUUACGACCAUCGUAUCGUCGCGCCUACGACGAAUAACGCCUUGAACGUCAUGCAACAAAUCGGGAUGAUUCAAGGUCCUCCGCAGCAACAGCAACAGCAGCAACAACACCCACAAGUAUUUAAACGGAAAGGUAAAAAAGAGCGGCAAAGAAGUAAGGCAAAACUGGCCGCUGCUGAGCUUGCUGGUGCUGGAGCUGCACAUCAGCAUACGGCGGCGUGA